AUGAAGUUCUCCAAGCGCUUGCAAGAGCUGCGCGAAAGCCGCAGGGCCCCCUUCUAUGUAGCAUAUAAAGAGUUAAAGAAGGCUGUGAAGUUGUUUACAGGUGCUGAUGUCUCUGCACUGUCAAUUCAAGAAGCUGUCAGCAGCUUCGCCAACACAAAAGCGUUAGAGGGAGAGCAUUACAGGCCUCCCGAGAGCCGUUUUGAAGAUUUGCUGCAGCACGAGCUGGCGAAGGUGAACAGCUUCUCCGUCGCCACUUUGAUUGCAACAUCUGCUGCGCUGCAGCAGCUGCUGGAGCAGCUGUAUGUUCUGCAGCAUCAGCAGCAGGAGCUGCUGCUAAACCCUCCUUCUCCCCAGCCGCAGCAGCAGGACAAUGACGAGCAGCAGCAGCAUCCUCGACAGCCGCCUCAUCAUCAUCACCAGCAGCAGCAGCAGCAACAGCAACAACAGCAGCAGCAGCAGCAGCAGGGUGAGAGCGGUGAAGGCGGUGGUUCUAGCAGCGAGUGCUGCCCUGAGUAUCCCACAGGCGCAGCAUGGUCAGCAGCAGCAGCAGCAGCAGCAGCAGCAGCGGAUGCGGCAGCAGCAACAAAGGCGGCGGAUGGUGCAGCAGCAGUAUCUGCAGCACUUAAUAAAGAGGUUGCUGCUAUAGAGCUUGCUUUAGAAGCAGAAGCUAAUGAGAUCGUUUUCUUAUCUUCAUACACUCGGCUUAACUUCACUGCCUUUAGGAAGAUAGCAAAGAAAUUUGAUAAGCUCAACAAAUCGUCGUCUGCUGCAUACCACAUGUGCAGGGUCAUGCGACAGCCCUUCAUGCGGCUGAACCUUCCGCUGCUGCUGCUGCAGCUUGCUGCAGCAUAUCGGCAGCUGCGCGCUUUGAAGGCUAUGACGCAGUACCCAGAAGCAGCAAUAGGAGCAGCGCGAGCAGCAGCAGCAGCGGCAGAUGCAGCACCGAAGGGUGCUGCUGCAUCUGCUCCCACUGGACCGGCACCUGGGGCGCAGGCAGCAGCGGCAGCAGCAGCAGCAGCUGCUGCUGCUGCUGCUGCUGCAGCUCCUGUUGCAACGGGGGCGUCUGAUGAUGUUUCUACUGAAGACAACUCUGGCAUGAAGACCAUCAAAUACCUUAUCUUACCCGAUGAGGUCGUUAGAUUGCAAGUGACGUUAGCUAAGCAUUUGCUGCUCUGUUCUAUAAAGGGCUGCAGCGUAGACACCUCAAUGCCGCUGUCUCCUUCGCAAGCAGCAGCAAUAAAAGAGACAGCUAAGCUGCAGCUUGCUGCAGCAGCAAGCGGCAGCAAACAGAACAACCCCUGGGCUCCCACAUCCCUCAGCAGCGGCGCCAACAACAACAACAGCAACAGCAGCAGCAGCAGCAGCAACAACAACGACGACGACAACAAUAACAACAAUAACAACAACAACAACAACAACAACAACAACAGCAGCAGCAGCAGCAAGGAUAAGGGCUCAAAGAACCGGCAGCAGGCUGCUGCUGAGGGUCUUGCUGCUGCAGACUGUCGCCGCCUAACUUCGCUCGUUUACUUCGAUACACCCAACUUCGAUCUCUUUGUUGAACUGCAAACGAAGGGGAGGAAGCAAGGGCAGCCUUGGAGCAGCAGCAGCUGCAGCGUGAAGGAGCUGCUGCGGAUGAGAGAGACAAAUGCAGGAGAACUGACUCCUGCUGCUGCUGCUGCUCCUCUUCGCUUUUUAGAGUUUGCUGCUGUACAGGAACCUGCUUCAAACCCUCAGCAGCAGAUCUACCCUGCCUACGACACUCCUAAGGUGCUGAAGGCGCUGCAGCAAAGCGUUUUGCUGCAGCCGCAGGCGCUGCAGCAGCUCGUGGCGGGUGACGCACAAGCAGCAGCAAGAGAUGUAGAGCAGCAGAUGUUGGCUGCUGGGAUGAGUAGAGAGUUUGCGGAGUCGCGCGGCGCCUUCACAUUGAAGGCAGCAAAGGAGAUGAAGGAGAAGGACCUGCAUCCGGUGCUGAGGGUUUGGUUUGCGAGGACUUGCUUCCGGUCGGAGGACGGCUCGGUGUUUAUAACCCUAGACGAAGAUCUCCGCUUCGCGAGGGUUCCUCCGGACGGCGACUGGAAGGCGUUUCUGUUGAAUGGAGCCGCUGCACUGGCCUCUGAAGGCGCUGCUCCCUUCCCUUGGGGGGUGAUGGACGUUACCCGCCUGGGAUCGUCUGGGAUCCGAUCCCAGGAGGCUGUGGGGCGGGGGCCGUCGUCUCCCGCUGCGGACUUCCUCAGCGGCGUUGUCGGCGUCCCGAGUAUAACGGAGGUGUUUGGGUUUUCUCUCUUCGCCCACGGUGUAUCUACACUGUACUCGCAGCAGCUGCAGCAGCUGCAGCAGCUGCAGCAGCUUCCUGCUGCUGCUGGUGCUUCUUUGCUGCCACACUGGAUUGCAUACACCACAGCAGCACAAGAAGAUGAAGAAGAGCUGCAGCACCCGACAAGCUUCAGCGCUCUUCACCCAACCCCGGGGGCCCCGGGGGCCCCUGAAGCAGCAGCAGGGAAAGCAGCAGCAGCAGCACCUGAUGCAGCAGCUGGAGAUCCAGGAGCCCUCCAGCUUGAAGGGGGGCAUCGACAGCAGCAAGAGAGGGGAAGGGAGCAGCAGCAACUGCAGCAGCAGCUGCAGCAGGAGGGGAUGCCCCCUCCUGCUGCAUCUGCAGCAGCAGCAGCAGCAGCAGCACCAAGCAGCUGUCCCUCUUCAAGAGUCUCUAAGCUCGACGUAAUAUAUCGAGGCCCCGGGGCCUCCAUAGCACACGACCAGGAGGCUUCUGUACAGGAACUGCGACAGUCGCUGGAGACAUCUUCAGCGGGGGGCCCUCCUCUCCUUGGGGGUAGCGGCUCAGUGGGGGGUGUGAGGGGCCUUCGGGAGCCGCUGCUGGGCAGCAGCAGCAGCAGCGGCAGCAGCAGCAGGCGGCAGCAGCAGCAGCAGCAACGAAGCAGUCUGUGGCUGUCCUGCUGCAACAGCAGAAGCAGCUGCAUGCCUGCUAUCCGCCGCUGCUGCUCCCGGGUGUAUCGGUUCCUUCAUCUGCGCCCCCGCAGCAGCAGAGGGUUUCGUGGUGGUGCUGCAGCAGCUACUGGAGCAGCAGGAGCAGCACCAGCAGCAGCAGCAGCAACAGUACGCGUGGAGCCUAAGACCUUCUUUGCUAAUGAACGCACGCUGCUGCAGUGGUUAAAUAUUGCUGUGCUGCAGGCAUCUGUUGCUAUAACGCUGCUCUCCUUCGGCCAGACAGCAGCAAGAGCUGCAGGCUUGCUUCUUGCCCCCGUCGCAAUAUUCUUUAUUGGCUAUUCUUUCUGGAUUUACUUGCGGCGGUCCCGGGCCUUAGAGCGAAAAGAGCCAAUCGAUUAUAACGACCGCUGCGGCCCUGCGGUGUUGGUGGUGUCUCUGACGUUAGCUCUCUGCGCAAAUAUAUUUUUAAACUUAGUUCGGUCUCAGCCUGCUGAUUCCUCUGCUGCUGCUGAUGCUGAUGCUGCUGCUGCUGCUGCUGCUGCUCCUGGGGGGGCGCACGGGGAAGCAGAGUUGCUUCCAGCACAGCAGAUUGCUGCUGGAUCUGCUGCUGUGGGGCCCGCCGCCGCGCGGAUGCUAACUGCUGCUGCAGCAGGAAGCCUGCCAGCAGCAGCAGCAGCAGCAGCAGCAGCGCUUUCGUCUCUCACCAGCAGCAAACCCCCUACCGCAACAAACAGCAGAAUGGAGGCUUUAAAAGCAGCACUUGCUGCUGCUGAUGCAGAAGAGGGGGUUGAAGCUGCAGGAACAGCAGAUACAGCAGCAAGCAAGGAAGCAGCAAAAGCAGCAGCUGCAGCGCGAGCUGCUGCAGCAAGAGAGGUAGCGCGGGUGCGUGCUGCUGCUGCUGCUGCUGCGGCGGCGGCUGCUCAGGAGGCAGCAGCAGCAGCAGAGGAAGCGGAGGCAGCAGCAGCAGAAGCAGAGGCUGCUGCUGCUAAGCUGCUGCAGGCGCAGUAA